UUCAUUUAUAUAUGUAUAUAAUGAUUAAAAAUAAAAUGAAAAUUAGACUAUGAAAUUUUGUAAAAUGUUAUAAUAUAAGACAACUGUUAAGUUUCAAUCAUGUUACUUUGUGUAGUUUUAUUAUGUUGCUGAAAUUUAAAUGAGUAAACCUGUAAAUAAAGGUGCUCUAACCUGUUGCAGUUUUUAAAUUUUGUAUUUACAAUGGAAACUGCAAAUUCUGGAUACUCGCGGACGAUGGAUGAAGUGCGAAAUACUUUAGAAUUGGCUACUAUUAAAGAAUCUGAUUUGAAAAGUGUUACCCAAAUCUUGUAUUCUGCAGAAGACCAUAAUAUUGAUAAGCAUAUAAAGUUAUUAGAGAUUGAUGAUCAUUUAAUAGAAAUGAUUAACAAGGGAGAUGUUUUAACAUUUCAGGGUAAUGAAGAAGAUUCUGUAGUACUGUGUACAAAAAAUAGAACAUAUGAUGUUAAAGAAUCUGAAACAUCUAAUUCAUGUUUAUUAGUACCAAAUGCAAGUAUGUUCGAAAAAACAAAGUUGCAUACAGGUGGUAGAAUAAUAAAAGAUAAUAAUAUUUUGGGAAUAUUUCAUACCUAUUUUGAGGUAAAGGAAUGUAAACCUAAAUUGGAGAAAUUACUUGAUUUGCUUGGGCCUACAUCUUUUAAAGGAAUGGAAUAUGAAUCUUCUAUACCUCAAGAACUUUUAUAUGAUUGGUCUAGAUUACAAAGUGAGAUACAAGCCAGUGAAGAGGAACUAAGACAAGCCCUGAAUGAUUAUUUAAUAGUUAAUAUUGAUGGCUACUUUCGAUUGAUAUCAUUUGAAUCUGAAGUAAGAAGUUUAACAUUAAUGUUAGAUCUUUUUGAUGAAAACAGUUGGGAGUUGGAUGAGGUUGAUAGAGAAAUUACAUAUGACUAUUUAAAAGAAUUUAUUCAUAAAUCAGUUUUUGAUACUUUGUUUGCCAAAUAUACUGAAGUAAGUGACAAAUUUAAAGAAGAUGGAUCAUGUUUAUACAGAUAUAAUGAAGAGCAUUGUUGCAAAAGUUUAGCUAAAGUUCUUCUUGCUGCUUCUUCAAUAACUGACUAUACACAGUUUAUGGAGUCAUGGAACAUUGGAACACCAGAAAAAAUGAAACCAAAAGAUGAGUAUUUACGUGGAAUAGCCCUUAUUAUAUGGAACAGUUUAACAAUGAAAAAGGAAGUAAUAGCUUUUCCAGAAACAGAUUUGCCAAAAAAUACGGAUGAAAGAUUUAAUGCAUUGUUUAAAGCAAAGGAUAAAUGGACAGUAGAAGAAAUAACACCAUACAUAUUGAUUAGCCUACUAAACUGCAAAACAAAAUGUCCAAUUGUAAUGAAAAAAAUAAAAAAAUAAAAUAUCUAGUCGUAUAACGGCAAGAAGGGGCCAUCGUGUCAACUUAAAUGAGCAUGUGAGCGCGUCUGCAUAUACCAAAAGCAGUAUGCAUGGUAUUGUAUAUACAUUCGAUUCGCAAUGAAAGUAUAUGGUGCUUUAAGAAUAUGAUCGAGUCAUAAAUAAGAAAAAAAAUA